AUGUCGAAAAAAGAGCUUACCAAGCCGACCGUAAAUUGGGCUGAAGUAGAUAAGUGGAUAGCUGAAGGAAAACCAUUUGAAGAACACGAUGAAAUCUUAUUGUUUUUAAACCAAGAGAAGAAAUCUGAAAAUGACCUUAACACAGAGCCGGACGAUAUAAAACUGACAGAAGCAGAAAACCAACAAAUGGAAGAACUUCUAACGAUAGUGCCAGGAAGACGGAUAGAAAGACCAGGAAAGAAAGCCAUCUUACAUCUACCACAAAAAGAACCAAAACCCCCGUUAGUAACGACAGUAAACAUUGUAGUGAAGCUCCUGGACCAAGACAU